AUGCCUCCACCACUAUUUGGCGCUGCAGCGGGAAUACCACCUCCUGGGCUUGGUUAUCCCCCUCGUUAUCCUCCUAUGAUUGGUGUUCCAACUGGCUUCAGACCACCCCACCCACUAGUUCCUCCACAGGGCAUGAUGAUUCCACCCAGACCACAGAUUCCAUGGCCUCAGCCAGGAGUUGCAGUCCCUCCGACAUACACUGUACCACCACAGUGA